AUGGCUCAAUCAGUAAAACCGAUCUCGAGCCCAGUUCCCGAUGCGUGGUACCCGACGCUGGCCGUCCUCAUGCUCGCCGUCGGCCUCGUCAUCACGGCCUCUUUUUUCAUCUAUGAGGCUACUUCCUCCAGGAAAAACCGCAGUCUUGCCAAGGAACUGACAACUGGUGCUAUUGCAUCAGUCUUCCUGGGAUUUGGAUCUUUGUUCUUGCUGCUUUCUUCGGGAAUCUAUGUUUGA